AUGCAUCUGCCGAAUGGAGCCCCGACGUCGGCUCGGCCCGUCACAGGCCUCGUGUCGCAGACAGGGCGGCAGUUGAUGCGCAAAGGGAGCUUUUCCGGACUCGGUGAUCCGAUCGGCAUCCCGCCGGUCACUCUGAAGCCUUCUCUUGGCACACCGGGCCCGGGACUCCAGAAGAGCGCCUCAGAUUCUGUGAUUCUGCCGCCCUUGAAAGCCGGCACCGGGCGACCUUCCACUGUGGCCCGGCGUGAGAACCGCAGGAGGCAAAUGCUGGCAGAGCAGAUGAUGGAAAGGACGGAGAGGUCGGAGAACGUCGCUGAGACGGGCAUGGUAACAGACAAACUCGACAGCUUCGAGGUCUUGUCUGAAGCUUUCGGACAUGAUGUCCGAGGUGUUACCGAUCGACUGGAGGACAUGGCACGCAGCAUCCGCUUCGAGAACUGGCGGUCCAAGACAGAGGAGAAGGAGCGAAAGCGUCGCGAGGAGGAGAAGCGCCUCCAAGAAGAGGAGAAGCGCAAGGCCCGGAAGCGGGAGCAGGAGGCUGCGGAUCCCAAGAAGAAGGUGGCCCUGCGCAUUGAAAAUCGGCGGCGCUUCGACGGCGACAACGAAAAGGCGGCGAGCAUUCCCAUGCAUCCUGUCGAGGUCGAUGGUCCUCAAGGGCGUGAGACGGUUUCGCUGGUGGAUGUGGAGAACAUCCAAAAUCGAUGUCUGCAGCUGAAAGGCCGUGCUGGCAUCGAAGCUUUCAUCGACAUGGUGCGCGCUCGCGAGCAGAGGGAGGCCUCCAAGAAGGAUCUCGACUCCUUGUCGCCCCGCUCUGCAAAAUCCGUGGGCAUGAAGUCCUCCAUCAGUGGCUAUAGUACCCGAGAGUCCCUUCAGUCUGUGUCUUGGGACGAGCGCCGGCAAAGCGUUCUGGCGCGAAGGCAAGCUCUCCGAGUAGAGGCCAUCCUCAAGAAGCUGUGCUCCAUGCGCAGCGGCCUUCCCAUGGACAUGUGCAUUGAGAUGGGCUCGCUUCAGGCCUACUUCGACUUCGAGAAAACGCGUCCUGACCCCGAGAUCGACUCCUUGCAGACGGUGGUGGCCCAAAACCUGAAUGGCCUCAUCGACAACUUGGCGAACAAACUCGCUGCUGCACCGGAGAGCACCAGCAGCAGUUUGUUCCGGUCACUCGGAAAAUUGACCCAGUGUGCCACUGGCGAACAGCUCAGCAUGUCUGGGCGCUUUCCAGAAGCGAAGAGCCGGGCCAGCACGGAUCGUACGCUGGAGUUGGAGCUCAUGCGGAUGAGGACGAAGCAGAGGGCCAGGCGUGCCAGGGCCAUUCUCCGGGCCCUCGCGCGUUGGACUCUGGUCUUCUGCACUGUGCAGAAGCGCAACAGGUGCGUCGAGAUGAUCAAGGUCACUCUGGGACAGCUCGGUGAAUGGGCGAGAGUGAAGUCUGCGAUGAAGAAGGCAGUCGACUCUGUACGGCGUAUCCAGCAAAAUUGCAGGACCUUCUUGGUCACCAAGCGGGAAAGAUGCAAGCAAAUCGAGAAGGAGUGGGACCGCGUGGAGAGCGCCCAGCUUGAGCGAUUCUACCAGCAGUUCGCCAAGAAGUUAUUCCAGGGCCAGGCAGAGAAGCCUGGAGCCAAGAAGGGAAGACGCAUGCUACUGGGUAUGCAGCCGAAGGCCAACGCCAAGUCGAACUGGAAGCCCCUGAAGAUUCCGGAGGAGGUGAGAGCUCGGAUGGUUUCCUUCUACUACAUGGCGCGGCUAAGGACGAAGGUGCGGACUACGGCGGACCUCCUGAAAACGGUUAGGUUGGCUUUGGCGAAGCAUCGGGAGGUCAACGGAUUUCUCAGCUUCUUUGGCACCUCUGUGAAUGUCGAGGAGCUGUGA